CGAGCGGAGCGAGAAAUCGAAGCCUCCCACGAAAGCGCGCGUCUCUCUCUUCCACGAGGAUCUCGGCGAAGACGACGACGACGAAAAAAGCCCAGGCAACCGGAACGUCGGCUCGAGCUCCCGCAAAGUACGCUAUAGCCAGGAUUCGGCCUCGCACUCUCGCCAACGCGACGGCACCGGCAGCGGCAGCAGCAGCGACGAAGUUAAAAUCCACAUCCCCUCUCCACCUCGUCGCGAACCUGGUUUCGUCAAAAAGUGCUUCGGAAGAAUGGUGGGCGGUAGAAAUGGGUCGGCCAUUCAUGGCAUGACCGGGAAACCGUUGUUGUACUUUACAAGCGUGUUUGUGAGUUUAGGCGUCUUCCUUUUUGGUUAUGAUCAAGGCGUUAUGUCGGGCAUUAUCACAGGAAUAUAUUUUAAAGACUACUUCAACCAGCCCACGCGGGCGCAGAUAGGAACGAUGGUUGCUAUAUUGGAGGUUGGAGCGUUCGUAUCAUCUCUCGUUGUUGGCCGAGUGGGGGACAUCAUUGGUAGGCGGAAGACGAUCCUCUACGGGUCCAUGAUCUUCGUCGUCGGAGGGGCAAUGCAAGCUUUUGCCAACGGAAUGCCCGCCCUGAUCCUAGGCCGUAUCAUUGCCGGAGUGGGUGUUGGUUGCCUCUCGACCAUCGUGCCGGUCUAUCAGUCCGAAAUCUCGCCCCCGCACAACCGUGGACAGCUCGCUUGUAUAGAGUUCACCGGAAACAUCGUGGGCUACGCCACCAGCGUCUGGGUCGAUUACUUCUGCAGCUACAUCGAGAGUGACCUUUCGUGGCGCAUUCCGCUGUUCAUGCAGUGCGCCAUGGGAGCCCUGCUCGCGCUGGGCUCGCUCAUCAUUUCCGAGUCACCCAGAUGGCUACUCGACAAUGACCACGACGAGGAGGGCAUCGUGGUCCUGGCGAACCUUUACGGCGGUGGAGAUGUGCACAACGAGCGCGCUAGAGACGAGUUCCGCGAGAUCAAGAUGAACGUCCUGCUACAGCGGGCGGAGGGAGAGAGAUCCUACUCCGAGAUGUGGUCCCGAUACCAAAAGCGUCUUUUGAUCGCCAUGUCGGCUCAGGCUUUUGCACAGCUGAACGGAAUCAACGUCAUCUCGUACUAUGCUCCCCUCGUGUUCGAACAGGCCGGCUGGGUUGGCCGCGACGCCAUCCUCAUGACGGGUAUCAACGCGCUCAUCUACGUCGCCAGUACUCUGCCGCCCUGGUACCUUGUGGACCGCUGGGGUAGACGUCCAAUCUUGCUCUCCGGCUCGGUCGUGAUGUGUCUCGCGCUCGCUACUAUCUCAUACUGGAUGUACAUCGAUGUUCACAUCACACCGACGAUGGUUGUACUAUUCGUCAUCAUCUACAAUGCGUUCUUCGGCUACUCAUGGGGACCGAUCCCGUGGCUGUACCCUCCCGAGAUCAUGCCCCUCAGCAUCCGCGCAAAGGGAGCCUCGCUCUCGACCGCCACCAAUUGGGCGUUCAACUGGCUCGUCGGCGAGAUGACACCCAUUCUCCAGGAAUGGAUAAAGUGGCGCCUCUACCUCGUCCACGCCUUCUUCUGCGCCUGCAGUUUCGUCCUAGUGUACUUCCUGUACCCGGAGACGAAGGGCGUCAUGCUCGAGGAUAUGGACUCCGUCUUCGGUGACCAAACCGUCGCGCCCACACCGUCAACCGCCCACGCGUCCCUCCUGCACCCCAGCCGCUCCGGCAGUCCGGUACCUACACUCGACAUCAGCCCUCCGGAGAACAUCAAACCCAGCCGAUCUCCGCCCCCGCAAAAGAACGGCAGUGGAGUCGGCGGUUUCUUCCAGGGCAUGUUUGGACGCAAGUCGGAGACGGAGGGCGGCGAGUAUAGACGUAUCGAUGAGGGGGAUGAUGUGUAGAUUGUUUCUUUUUUUUUGUUGGCCAUGUAGAGGGAUUAGUUUUUGGAUACGGAUACCUAUUGUGUGUGGAUUUGACUUUUGACUUUGU